CGUAUUUGAAAGAAACGGACUUGCCGCCCCCAAAUGCGAGCAUGAAUGAGCGGGCCGCGGACAGGGAAACAACAGAGAACUAGUGUCGAAUGAACUCCGAAAAGCAGUUUCGUAAAUUUUCCGCACAAAAAUAUCCAAAUUGAAAUCAAACUACUGAAAACAUACUAUAUGUAUUUACAUACAAAAUCAAUAGCCGCCUCAAUCUGGGGAAUUGGAAAGCUGGAAAAUGGAAACACCAGAGAUAGUGCCGAAUUUUCUUUGAUAUUUCCCACAAAAAUAUCCAGAAUCCCUACAUGCCGGUAUCGUUCGGGAUAGUGCCUCUGCCCGCGUAUAAAGAACAAACUCAGAACAGGUCUGAAGGAGCGUGGAAUCCAUAUCUGUAGUAUAUUAGUUGUAUUUUUUUCACGUGAUCCCUCGCGAGUGUGUAAACAUUGCCAAAUCGUUGCCAUGAAGCCCGUUUAACCCAGACCCUGAGAUCCUGAAAUCCUCUUCUGUCCGGGUGACAGCCCCCAUACGAUAUUCCUAACCCUACCCCCGCACCACGAUAACCAAGAACAAAUGUUGGCUCGUGCAACGGCACUGGGCCUGAUCCUGCAGAGCAUCUGGCUAGGAAUCGGUGGAAGCUCCAGCCUCGAUGGACACGGCCAAGUGGCGGGCCACCACCACCACCACUCGAGUGGAUUACAAUGUCAGCGAAUAGCGGUGUCGGCCUGCCAAGGCCUCGGCUACAAUAUGACCGCACUGCCCAAUCUGGCUGGUCACACCAAUCAGCUGGAGGCUGAGCUACAGAUUGCCAAGCUGCUGCCUUUGAUCGAGUCGGGCUGCUCGAGGCGGGCGCGGUUUCUGCUCUGCUCGGCGCUGUUUCCGCUCUGCACGCCGGAUGUGCCACGGCCCGUGACCGCCUGCAAGUCCCUCUGCGAGACGGUGAAGGGGGAGUGCGCCGCCAAUGCCGGUCCGGAGCUGAUGCAGCUGUGGCCCCCCUUCCUCAGCUGCGAGAGUCUGCCGCAGCCGGAGAAGCACGAGCUGUGCAUGCAGAUACCCCAGGAGGGUGUCCAUGCGGCGCCAACGGCCAGUGCGGCCGCAUCGGAGACUGCCCCCGCCCAGGAGCCCCCCUUGCAGCAGCAACAGCAGCCACAGCAGCAGUUGCAGCAUCCGCAGCAGCAGCAGCAGCAACAGCAGCACAUGUCCCGCUUUUGGAUGUCCUGGAAGACGGGUGGGCCCCUGGGAGGCGGGAACGGCGGUGGAGGAGGUGGCGGCGGCGGCAGCCUGGCCGGUAUCAUCUGUCCGCAGAACUUCAGCGGAAGCCACCUGAAUCCGGAGGAGUGCCUGCCCCAGUGCCAGCGGGACGCCUACCACACCACACAGCAGAAGAAGCUAACGGAGAGCCUGAUCCUGGGCCUGUCCGCCGUGUGCUUUGUGCUCACGCUGUUCGCGCUGGUCACCUUCUGGGCGGAGCCGACGCGGUUCGGGUACCCGGAGCGCCCCGUGCUCUUCCUCUGCCUGUGCUACAACCUGUUCAGCGUGUGCUACCUGGAGCGGAUCGUGUUCCACAACCAGGCGCGGAGUCUGGCCCAGCUUCAGGAGCCGCAGGGGCUGCGGCUGCGUCCCGCCUGCCAGCUGACGCCGCCCUGCCUGGCCUCGUACAUCACCACCUCGUACCUGAGCCUGUGCGCCGCCAGCUGGUGGCUGAUCUUCGCCCUCUGCUUCUACCUCUCGUCGCACAAGAAGUGGUCCAGCGAGGCGCUGGAGAAGCGUUCCGGCCUCUUCCAUGUGCUGGCCUGGGUGCCGCCCCUGGUGCCGCCGAUCGCGGCCCUGCUCCUGGAGCGUGUCCGACCCAGCGAGCUGACGGGCAUGUGCUCGGCCCCCGGAUUCGUGGAGCUGCCCGCCCUGGUGCUGCUCCUCCUGGGGCUGUACUUUACGCUGCGCGCCUCCCGCUCCCUGCACUCGCUGCAGCAGCAGCUGCAGCCCACGCUGGCCCACCACCGCUUCGGCCAGAUCCGGAAGCGGUUCGUCAUCUUUUCGCUGCUCUUCUUCGUCCCGACGGCGGCGGGCGUGGUGGCCGCCCUCUGCGAGCGCUUCGGCGAUCCCGUUCCCAGCUGUUCGACGCUCGAGGACUGCGCCUCGCCGGAUCCCCUCACCGCCUGGCCGGCGCUGGUGAGGAUCUUCUUCCAGUUGGCGGGCGGCACACUCACCGGCAUGUGGGUGUGGUCCCGCAAGACCUGCGAGAGCUAUCGCAGCCGUCUGGUGGCCGGCGGUACGCCCACCUCCUCUCUGAUGGCCCAGAGCAAGUCGGGGGCGAACGGCAAUGGGGUCCAUGCCGGUGCCAAUGCCAUGGGAGGCGGCGGAUCCGCUCUGCCUAAAAAGCAUCUCUACACCAGCGGCAAAUCGAUGCUGGCCAGCGGAGGCAUUGGAGGCAUUGCAGGUUUCGUGGGAGGAGGGGGCGGAAGCGGCACCGCUCCGCUCUAUGCCGGCAUUAGCUUCCACAAUGUCCCCGUCUAUAAUCCCAACCAGUCGCGUGUCUAAAAAGGGAUCCGAUGGCUCAAAGCCUGAUCAAUGAUCUGGAUACAUACUCGUAUGCAUCGCCCAUUAAACAAAAACAAAUUAAUAAAUUAUCAAUUGAAAUGUGUUAAUCGAUUUUAAGUCCCCAUUUUGAAUAGUUUUUAAGUAUCACCUAAGUCCUGUGUAAAUAGAGG